AUGCCCGAGCCCACCGCCGCUGCCGCUCUGUCGGCGCUCGACGGCCACAGCGACAGCGACAGCGACAGCGACAGCGACGCGUACGACGCGUACGCGCUCCACAACGCCGCCGAACACGGGCACAUCGACUGUCUCCGUCGGCUGCUGCCGCUCGCGCCCGCGUCGCGCGUCGACGUCGCCGCCAGCGAAGCGCGUGUGCUCGAACGAGACGACAUGGGUUUUUUACCGCUCCACGUGGCCAUUGUCCACCAGCAGUUGGACUGCGCGCUGCAUCUGCUGCGCUACUCGAGCGCACUCACGGGCGCAAUGCUCUGUCUCACCAGCGGCGACCUGCGCACGCCGUUUCUGCAUCUCGUGCUGCGCGUGGGGGCACUCAACGCGCCGUUUAGCUGCGCCAUUGUGGCGGAACUCUGUGGCGCGAAUACGGUACAAAAUACAGACGCAAUGGACGUGUGGAGUGGCUACAGCGACGACGUGCAGGCGGUGCUGGCGGCCAAGCUGACGGCCCGCGACGACGAGGGCUGUUCCGUCUUCCAUCUCUGUGCCCGCUACGACCUCGCGGCGUGUCUCGACGUGCUGGUUGCGUUCUAUCGACGGCACGUUGUUGCUGCUACUGCUGGUGUUGCUGGUGUUGCUGGUGUUGUUGCUGGUGUUGUUGCUGAGAAGAGCGAGCUGGGGGAAGCAUUGCGAGCUGGAGAAGGCGGGACGAGGAGCAGAUACGAGAAGGGGGUGGCCGACACGCCGCUCGCGGUCGAGACGUGGCUGGAAAAAGGCAACAAAUUGGGCUUCCGCCCGCUACACGAAGCAAUGAAGUUUGGCGCAGCAGCUACUGCAAAGAAGCUGGUCGAGGACUACAACGUGGACGUGAACGCAGUCACGUUGCGGCACGAGACGCCGGCGCAUGUUGCCGCGCGCGCUAACUUUGUCGAUGGUGUCGAGAUUCUGCGCACUGCUUGUCGCAAAAAGGCAGUGGAUUUCACGCGCAAGGACAUGCAUGGCUGCACGGCAGCGCAGGUGGCGCGCAGGUGUGCGUUUGGUGCACUGGAGGUGCACCUGCUGGCGGCUGAAGCAGGAACGCUGGGCGCUGAAACGUCAGCACGUGACGAAGGAGACGAUGUGGAGGGAGCUGGGACGCGAUUUUAUUUUCACCCCGAGGUCUGGCGGCAUUUGCCCAUGGCAUACCAUCGUCGCGGAGAACCCGACCUUCCACCCGAAAACCCCGAGCGGAUCGAUACGCUGGUCGACCCAGUGUUUGGCAUCCUGCGGUCGCGUGAAUUUCAACGCUCGAAUGUCAAGUGGAACCACGAGAUUGAACGCGCUGAUAUUGCUGACAUUUUGCGGGUGCAUGAAUACCACUACGUCGACCGCCUGCGCCAGAAAUGUGCUUCCCUCGCUGCGCCAGUUGGUAGCAAAGCCCGUGUUGUCACAAGCAACGACGACAACGCAAGUUGCAAUGAGUUUCUGGACCAGUCUGAUCCAGUAUCGUCUGGCAAACGUGCCGACGAUACGGAGGAGAGUUCUGCGACGUGUGCCUUGGAUAUGGAUACAGCUUUGACGGCUCGUUCCUUUGACGCAGCCGCCCGUGCUGCUGGCGCAGUGUGCAAGGCAGUGGACGAGGUGGUAGCAGGCAAAUGUAGGAAUGCGUUCUGCAUUGUACGGCCUCCUGGACAUCAUGCUGGACCGGUGGGUAAGGUUGUGUGCGAGAACGAUCCGGAAGGAAGUCUCGGGUUUUGUCUUUUCAACAACGUGGCUGUCGGCGCUGCGUAUGCGCGUGCACAUCUGAAACACCGCGGAAUCAACAAAGUAGCUAUUCUGGACUUUGACGUGCACCACGGUAAUGGUACGGAAGAGAUCGUGCGGCAGCUCGUGCCGUCUACUCAAGAGCUGACGUUCGAGACGCCAUACGGCGUUGGCAAGCAGGUUGUGCACCAGUACAAGCCGUGGCGCAGUGAGGAUGACGCGGAGAAUGUAUUCUUUUGUUCGGUGCACGGAUACGGACGCAAGGACCCUGAGAACAAGGAAGAGUUGGCAAAAGGGGAGACGCAGGGCUGGUUUUACCCUGGAUCGGGCGUUUCGGACGUGAAAGAGAGUCCUGUCAUCUGGGACGAAGGUAUGCCGUUUUGCCAGGAAGGUGUAUCAGCUUCUCGUCUUCUGUGGCGGAGCGCAUUCCGCGACCGCAUUUUGCCCAAGUUGCUGGAGUUUAGUCCGGACCUUAUUUUCCUAUCGGCAGGUUUUGAUGCGCACAGGAAGGAGCUUGUGAACUGGGGAUACGUCUCGCUGCUGGAGCAAGACUACGAGUGGCUCGUGGGUCACGUCAAGCAGGUGGCCAACACGUGCUGCGAGGGCAGACUGAUCUCGGUUCUGGAGGGAGGCUACAACUUUCACGGUCGCAUGGUCUCGCCUUUUGCACGCAGUGUUGCGGCCCACGCCCGGGCGCUCAUCAAUCCUGCGCAGGAGCGGUGGGACGAGGACGAGAUUGCGAAAGAGGCUGCCCACGAGCAGGCGUUGCUGGCCAAUUACUUGACUCCAGCAGGUUCAGGCUCGACUGUGAUGGUGCCGCGCACGAAGAAGCGCAGCAAAGACGCGGCUGCGGUGCCUCUGUCAUGCUCGAGGAGUAAGCGCGUGAGAAAAGAGGUGGACUACGUGGCGCUGGCAAAGAAGUUGUCCGAGCAGGACCAGCAUCCUUGA